UAGAUUUAUGUGCAUGUGAUUGAUGAUUUCAAUUCGUAGGUUUCCAAGUUAUGUUUGCUUUAUUUCCCAUCUGCACAUAUCUCGUCCAACAGUCUAAACCAUAAUGGUCUAUUAGCCAAAGCUCCAGUCAAGUGUAAAUAGCGAGUGAAUUUUAAUCUGAAGAAAUACAUAACUUUUAGAAAACUAGGUUCAAGUCGAUUAUUGCACACCACUGAAUCGAACCGCGCCAGACCACAUCAACUGCAGCGACGGCAGGGCCGCAGCUUUCUCAUAUUUGCUGCAAUCGUUACACACAUCCAACACAGGACAACACAUUGGCUACCCAGCGGGGACAAAUCUGUCAGGCUUCGCGGCUGUCGCAAGAUUAAAACAGUAACGGAGACGCUAUGAAAAAAAUUCGACGAUGGCAGCUGGUGUUUGCGGUGAUAAUAGCUCUGAUGGUACGGGUGGAUGGCUUAAAAGCGACCUCGUUGAUUUUUGGUCGCGGACCAGCCACCACGAGCACCUCAACCACCAGCACAACGCCGGCACCAGCGUCUGCAUCGAGCACCACUGCCACCACCUCCACCACGACCGAGGAGGCAUCAGAAGAGGAAGAGUCUGACGAUCAAGGUGAAGUACCGGCCACCAAAGCGCCACUUACCGGCAUACCACAGGUGGACUAUGUAUGGGAUCCGAAUCUGCCGCGGGAACUUGGAGGAUUCAAUUUGUCCACUUAUCCUUUUCUGGACUCGGUCCCAGCGGAAGAGGACAUAGGAUUCACCUGCGAUCCUAAAUUACACGACGGUUUCUAUGCAUCAAUCAAAUAUAACUGCCAGCUGUACCACCACUGCAUCAAUGGAAUUCGAUAUGACUUCCUGUGUGCUAACUAUACAGCAUUCGAUCAAAAGACCUUCAUCUGCCAUUUUGCCUCCGAAGUGGACUGCAAAAACUCACCGAAAUAUUGGUUCAGAAACGAGCCACUGUACAAAGCAACUACAACAACAACGCAGAAGCCUUCCCCUACAACGCCAACGACGCCUUCGCCUUCAACAGCUCCCAGCAGACUGAAGCCUUUGCGUAAGCCAGUUCGACGACGAAGACCUCAAGUCGACUACUACUACGACGACGAUGAGUACGAUGAGGAAUAUUAUGAGGAGCGUCCGCGCCGCCGAAAGAACCGCCCCCGAAACCGGCGCCCAACAUACGACGAUGAGUACGACGAAGAUGAACGGUUCGAUCGACGUCCCGCUGAUCGCUAUCGGGACCGCGAUAGGGAUCGUGAGCGGGAUCAUGUUGUUGAGGAAGAAGACUAUGAUGAUCGUCGUCCGUAUCGACCGAAAAACAGGAACCGUAACAAUGAUCGCAGAAACGAAGAAGACGAUCGUCGGUAUGGAUAUGAUGAACGCCGAAGAGAUCGCGAUCGAAGGCCAAUAGAUGAGGAUAGACGUAGGCCUCCUGAAGACGACCGCCGAAGUGCACUGGAAGAAGAAAAACGCUCAUCGCAAAGCGAGCGUCGAAGAAGACCUUUCCCGUCUGAUGAUCGGCGAGUUUCGGCUGACGACCGUCGAAUCCCAGAGCGUAGACCACUCGCUGAUGAUCACAGACCAUUGAACGAAGAUCGAAGGUCUUUUCCUGAGGAUGACCGAAGAAAAGUUCCGGAGGAACGUAAUGGCGGAAGACGUCCAUACAAUGAUGAUCGGAGAUUCGAAUAUGAUGAGGAAGAUGAAGACUACAGCCCGCGGAGACCGGAAAAGAAGUCGAAACUUCCCAGUGAUGUAGUUACCGUCAAACCAUCCGGUUCGACGAUUUACGAUCGACCUAGAACUGCUCCGAGGAUAAACCGACCGGUUCCCUUAAAUGAAAAAACAAAAUACUCCUAUGCUAAUCCUGAACCAUCGAAAAAGAAAACCACUACAAGUCCUGCACCUGCCAAUGAACCAGAGCCUGAAUAUUAUGAUGAAUACGAAGAUGAACCGAAAAAACCUGAACCGGUCGUGGACAAACGAAAAGCGACAGAGGCAGGUAAGGAAGACAAACGACAAAGUGCAUCCUCAGAUGUAGUAUACUACGACGACGUUAUUGUACCAAAAGACUCAAUCCCACAGAAACCGAUUCCGGGAAACGUAAAAAAGCCGGAGGGCAUUGAGCGAGUAAACAGCCGUGACAAUUCAGAGCUGGCAAAUCGUUACAACGAAAAAAUCCGCACUCCCCAACGGAUUACAAAGCCUGAACCAUUUGACAGUCCACAGCGCAAUUCCAAGCCAGAAUAUGUCGACGAUGAACCUCCGGAGCGACCAAAGUCUAGAACGCAAAGUACCACCAAACAGCCGGCGAAUAUAUUCACCAAUUUCAAAAAUAAAAAACCACAAUCUCCGCUCGACAGCAGGAAAUCCGUGCCAGUCCAAAGCAAUCGAGAUUUCGACACAGUGAACAAAGCUACUGAACCCUCGAGACCGCUUCUCCGUGCCACGAAGCGACCAUUCCUACCAAGCCGUGGAGGUAAUCCCUACGCAGCUCGAGGACUCCAACCGGUUGGUGUAGCGAAACAACCACCGAACCAACCAUCCCGACCUUCCAUUCCCAACAACGAAGCCGAACGACCGGCACCUUUCCGCAUAGACGUGGACAGUUCACCACCCAGCACAAUUCAGUUAGACCCACGAACCACCAGUACAAGCCGACCAUCCGAUGAACGCGUCAAAACACUGGAUCAACUCUACGAUGAAGAGUUUGACGUCACGCUGAACGAUGCCUUGAAUCCGACAUUGAAACCACUAACACGAAGUGCACCUCAGAAUUUCUUCCGCAACCGGUACGUUCACCAGAGCUCAGAUUCGGACUUUGUCCCAUUCGAACCCAGUUACGCUCCGUCCGAGUUUCGAAGGGCAACCAUCCGAGCACCGGUAGCGAUGGUUCCGCAUCAUCACCAUCAUCCAACCGUUUACGUUAGCCAAGUGCGGGGGCAUCCACUGCAACGGUAUCCCUAUGAGUACGAAUACUGAACGCGCAAAUAUCGGAAACUCGAUUAGAACGGAACAAACAUGAGGAUAAACUCUUUUAAUUUAUUUAAAUUCACGAGCCUCUUGUGAGGAGAAAAGAAGGGAAAUUAUUUAUUACUCAAUCCAGCAUCGCCGGCAAACCGGUAAGGUUAGAUAGAGUGUUCAAAAGAAAGUCCUAUAGUCUAGAGAAAGUGAGUAAGAUUCCGCGUGAGCAGGCAACGAUAGUGACAAAGUUGCAGUUGGUCGUAAUGAAGAAAAAAAAAAAUCGAUGGAGAAUGAAAAGCGGAUUACAUUCUUCGAAAAACAAAACUUAUCUGUACAUAUGAUUCUGCUGUAUUCUUAAAGAUAAAUACUCAAUAAAGGUGAUAUCGACGUAAUGCAAUCUUUGCUAAACCUUGAAUGGGAAGCCUAUACUAGACGUGACGAUGAACAAAUACACAGUUAACAACUGCAAUAUCAAUUUAGUUUGUAGAUUAUUAGAUGCAAUAUUUGACAACCAUACAAAAAAAUGAAAAGAACGUUAAGAUACGAGAGCGUUAGAUAGAACAUGAUUUGAGACAGUGUAAAUUAA